AGGCCGUCCGCGUCCACGCAAGUGAUUUAAAUGGACUUUUCGGGACACACACCCUGUAACUCUGCUGCAGCCGUUAAGCUGUUGUUUGGGUUUUCUUGAGGACAGGUCUGGAGGCAGGUGCAAGCCGGGUGAUAGGCUGGCUAUGGUGACGGGAAGAUGUUGGCCAGAAAAAGCAUCAUCCCGGAGGAGUACGUGCUGGCGCGCAUAGCCGCGGAGAACGUGCGCAAGCCACGCAUCCGCGACCGCCUCCCGAAAGCGCGCUUCAUCGCCAAGAGCGGCGCCUGCAACCUGGCGCACAAGAACAUUCGUGAGCAGGGACGCUUCCUGCAAGACAUCUUCACCACCUUGGUGGACCUGAAAUGGCGCCACACGCUGGUCAUCUUUACCAUGUCCUUCCUCUGCAGUUGGCUGCUGUUUGCGAUCAUGUGGUGGUUGGUGGCCUUUGCCCAUGGGGACAUCUACGCUUACAUGGAGAAAAGUGGGUUGGAGAAAAGUGCCUUGGAGUCCACUGUGUGUGUGACAAAUGUCAGGUCUUUCACCUCAGCUUUUCUCUUCUCCAUUGAGGUUCAAGUGACUAUUGGAUUUGGAGGGAGGAUGAUGACAGAGGAAUGCCCUCUGGCCAUCACAGUGCUGAUCCUCCAGAACAUUGUGGGUCUGAUCAUCAACGCUGUCAUGUUAGGCUGUAUUUUCAUGAAAACAGCUCAGGCUCACAGAAGGGCAGAGACUUUGAUUUUCAGCCGCCAUGCAGUGAUUGCUGUCCGAAAUGGCAAGCUCUGCUUCAUGUUCCGAGUGGGCGACCUGAGGAAAAGCAUGAUCAUCAGUGCCUCUGUGCGCAUCCAGGUGGUCAAGAAGACGACCACCCCUGAAGGAGAGGUGGUGCCUAUUCACCAACUGGACAUUCCCGUGGACAACCCAAUCGAGAGUAAUAACAUCUUCCUGGUGGCCCCUCUGAUCAUCUGCCAUGUGAUUGACAAGCGCAGCCCCUUGUAUGAUAUCUCAGCCACUGACCUCGCCAACCAAGAUCUGGAGGUCAUAGUUAUUCUAGAAGGUGUGGUAGAAACUACAGGAAUCACCACACAGGCACGAACCUCCUACAUUGCAGAGGAGAUUCAGUGGGGCCAUCGCUUUGUGUCUAUUGUGACUGAGGAAGAAGGUGUGUAUUCAGUGGAUUACUCCAAAUUUGGCAACACUGUCAAGGUGGCUGCUCCACGGUGCAGUGCCCGGGAGUUGGAUGAGAAGCCAUCCAUCCUUAUCCAGACGCUCCAGAAGAGUGAGCUGUCCCACCAGAAUUCUCUGCGGAAGCGAAACUCAAUGAGGAGGAACAAUUCCAUGAGAAGGAACAACUCUAUCCGAAGGAACAACUCUUCCCUCAUUGUACCCAAGGUGCAGUUUAUGACUCUAGAAGGAAACCAAAACACGUUGGAAUCAUGACACCACAACGUAGAGUCUUUCAUCAAGUGUUGGUGGUUGGGGCGCUGAGCUCUGCCAAGAGCUGAAGCACAAUAAUUUGUCUUAUAUUUUAAUGCACUAAAAGGUAUUCCUAUUUGAGAAGCAGCACUUAAUAAACAAUAACACCCCAAACAGAGAAUUUGUGGCACACACUCGUUUUGCACUUGUAGAAUUUGCAAAGUUAGGCUGAAGACAUGAAGGGAACAUUACAUGUUCAUUUCUGACAAUAUGAACUCAUGAAGUCCAUUCAUACUAAUGUACCUUGAAUGUAAAAUUUGACUGAGGAAUGAGCCCAUUUGAAAUGCUUAGCUGGUAAAAGCACAGUUCUUCUGGUUCUGUUCCUGUCUGAAAAAGCUAAUAGAAGGGAGGGAAAAGCAAGAUAAUGUUAAACACAUUUCUUGUAUCAACCUUCUUUUUUUUCUUGGUACUGCAUCUAAGAAGCCUAAAGCAAACCUGUUAGGUUUAUCGGUUUCAAAGCAGAUUCUUUUGAGUUCGUUGGUCCUUUAUAAUGAUUCCUGAUCCUCCAUAUGGCAGAUGGUUGGGCAGAACUGGACGAGGGGUCUUUUGGAGAAAAGUUAAGUCCUAUCUCUUGUAAGACUGAGUUCCCAAGGGUGACAGUCACUUUCUUCAGUGUCCCACUUCUUAAGGGGCCCCAAAUAGAAAUACUGUAUUGAACAGUUUAUUAAAAAAAUUUUUAUACUCUC